CCCUCCAUCCAAACACACAAAUUUGGAGGUCGGUGAUCACCGCUGCAAUCUUCAGGUGAUCUCUUCCUCUGAUCAUUAUCAUCAUUGUCGUCGUUUUUCGGCUUCAGUGCCUGACCAGUGGAAUUCUUUUCGGAGUAUUCUGUAUGGAAAAAAAAGAGGAUAAUUCGUUGUAGUCUUAGUCUAUUCUUGGUUUUGAGUUUGAUGGUCAGAACACUUUGAUUCAUUUCAUGUCCUUACCGACUCAGAAAGCUUCUUCUAAAGCUGCGACAUCUUGAAUGCCUCAACUCCUCAACCCAAAAUCCUUUUCUCUAUCUCAUAUAGUCUUGUGGUGUAUUCAAUCCACGUUGUGGUCCUUUUGUGGAUUGGUACCAAAAUCUCUUGCUUUAGGUUGGAUUAUGCUCAUAGAGUAGGAUAUCAUUAUGUCUAGGUUUGAGUUUCUCAUGUUUAAUUUUGUCAUUAUCAUUUUCUUCCUUCUUUUUCUUUGGAAGGACCAUUUACAAAUUGUUUGAAAAUAUACACUCAACUUAAAAAUUUGGCGUGCCAGUGCUGUUAUUCAUCACUCGUAGACUUGCAAUUGCCUUUCCUUCUGCUCUACUGCCAUGCUCAUGAUCAAGAUGUUUUGACAACUAUGCCUUUGCCCUCCAUUUUGUUUCUUGUUAGGUUGCAGAUUUUGAAUUUCUCCGUCUUUAUUUUUCAGAAUUUAUAGGAUUAGAAUUUUGUACUGCUAAUACGAGUAUUUAAUUUAAAUCAUACUUCCCCUUCCCUCAAUAAAGUUUUCUUAUGAAGUUGAUUCCCAGAUUUCCUAAAUUCUGCAUAAUAUUAGUGGAAUUCUUUGCAUUAGAGUACUAUUGCAUUCCCAACUUAUGCAAUUUAGCAGUGAGAAUAACUAAAAACACUUCUAAUGAAUUUUCAUAUCCAUCGUAAUGAAUUUUGCAGAUAAUCUUGACUCUUGAGCAAUUGGAUUUAUGGUAACUAUUCACCUCCAUCUGGAUAUUUGUUUUAAAUUUUCAUAAGUUCAGCAAAUCAUGUUAGGUGGGUGGUAGUUUUUGUUCUAUUUUCACUGCAUGUGAGGAGAAAGGUUGUGUAUCUUGCAAUGCUGCAAUGGAUGGGAGGAUCAAGGCGGAAAGUGACAGCUGUAAGUGCAGUUGGAAUUUAACUUCUACUGAGUUUUGUAAGCUGUAAUUGUCAACUGAUCAAGAAUUCAUUGAUCUUAGGUUGGUAAAGAGUCGUUUAAUUCUCUAGUUUUAAAAAUGUUUGUUCUAUGUGAUUAUAAGUAUUUCAGUACAUGAUUAAGUUCAUGAAGAGCAAAGUCCAACUAAGUCAUUUUAUAGAUUAGCAGAUGUUGGCUAGAAGUAAUGACUUUCUGCAGUAGGCCACUGCAAUCAACCUUAACUAAUGGUGGUUUGCUUUCCCAAAGAAAUACUAAACUGGAUAUUCGGUGAUUUUCUUACUGUAACAUAUUCUUUACAACACAUCUCUGAAACAACAGCAUAACCAGUUACACUAAUGUAAAAUCCUUCUUUUCCCAUUUUGCUCAAGAUAUACGAGUUUGCACCUCAUAUGCGUGUUGGUAGAGAAACUCUUGAUGCUUCACUUUUUCAUCAGUAAUUUGAGAUAUUUGUCAUUCAAGUAUACUGUGACGUGUAUGAUUAUUAUUUUUUUGUUUUAUUCAUUUAUUUAUUUUUUUGUUUUGUGCAUGAUAUUGUUUCUUGUGAUGAAAAUGGGGAAUGAUUCAGACAAGAAAGUCAACACAAAAGAGGUAUAGGAGAUAUGUUAAUUUUCUUUAUGUUUGCCUCAAAAUUCAUAAAUCUCAUUUGGUCUAGCAUGGAAAUUUGCUCUGAAGGAUUACAGUAUUCAAUGGAUUACAGUAUUAUCAUGGAAUAUAAAGCUCACAGUUAUUAUGUUGAUGCUAAUUGUUGUUGCAUGCUUAUUUUAAAAUUUGAAAUGGCAUCAGAUGCAGUAAAUAGACCAGUCUUUGCCCUAACUUUUGAUUUCCAAAGGCAAAAGCAAUAUUUUGAGCAAAGAAAGCGACAACAGCAGCACCAUAUAGCUGGACUAGAAAGCUAUACUGAUGGGGUAAGCUUAUUAGGGCAAGACAACAAAGAACAACGAUCACUAGAUGUUCUCAGCUUGCUGAAUUUGUCAUCAAUUGCGCAAGAAUGCAAAACUCGCUCCAAUGUGAUGCUGAUAGGCAUAACAACGCUUUUAAUGGAAAAGGUGACAAACCAGAUAAUUGGAAGACAGCCACAGAGCAUCAGCUUUCUGUUUUUGAUUUACUUGGUGAUGAUGGACCAUAUGGCAAUUUAGAGGGAAGUCCAGUAUGUGAAGCUCAUGUUGCAUUUUCUGUUGAAGGUUUAGGUAAAGUGGGAACAGAAACACCUGUUCAUUCACCGCACCAACCUCACAGAGUCUCUUCAUAUGAUUGCUCAUUACUGAAGGAUGCAAGGCAACUUCGCUCUUCCAAGAAUCUUAAUUUUGUGCUGGACGACCUUGAAGUUGAAGUGGGUUCCAAGAUGCAAGAUAUCAAUAUGUCACCUAGUGGCAAUUCUUUGGAGCUACCUUUCUACCCCAUGGGCAUAGAGGAUCCCUUUAGCAACCCAAAGCAGGGAGUAUCCACUUUCAGGGACUUCAUGCAUCAUGGCGGCCAUAGUAGUAAGAUAAGGCGUUCUUUUGGUGAUGAAGAAACCUUCUACAACAUUAAAGAUAAAAAUGAAAAUAUAUGGAAUGGUAGUGUUGGCUUCCCAGAUUACAACUCUCCUGAUGAUUGGGAAUGUGAUCUAUCUUGGAAACACUGGCCAGGUCAAAUGGAUGGCACUUCUGCUGAUUUUGUGAAAACUGGGAACCAUGAACUAUUAGAUUUUACAUCUGAAGGCCACUGCAUAUCGAAGAAAAGGAAUGCCAUGAAAGCAAGAGACAGAUUCAAUAUCUCAGAUUUAUCUGCCCCUUAUUUAAGGCACCAAACAUCAGAAAAUGAUCAUGACUUUGCGACUUCAGAUGGCACCAGGUCUCCUAUGCUAGGAAGGAUUUGGGGCUUUACAGGUGUCAACAACCAACCAGAUUGGCCUUCAUUUGCGACAGAAGAUUCAAGGGACAGUUUGAGUUUGCUUAGUGAAGAGUCAUGCACAUCCAGUGCAGUGAGGGGUGAGGCAACUUAUAAUCAACCAUCAAAUUCAAUGGUUAGGAAGAGCUUGAGAAGACACGACAAAGGUUUUUGCAGCCGGGUAAAUAAGUACAGUUCGAAGAAUAUGCACACCAAAGAAGCAUGGUACAAGAAUGGGGAUGAUAUAGGAUCAAGACCUAAUAAUGCAAAUGGGUCAGGAGAGUUUACAAAGAAGUCACACCCAUCAAGUUCUAAACCAGCACAUCACUCAAACUCUGCAUUUCUGGGAAAAGAAGGACCACAUGAGAGUUGGUUGUUUGGGGAUGGAUAUACUUCAGUUGAUAUAAAUCCAGAUUUCAGCUCUCUGUAUCGAACCUCAGAGACAAAAAAAGCACCCCCUGGCCCCAAGUUUUGGACUGACAAACUCUCAGGUGCAUUUCCAGUUCCUGAACUACAGAUUGGUGCCAAAACAUUGUAUGAGCAAUCCAUAAGGGGUUUCCCUGUAGAAUAUUCACCUUCCAGCAGUUCUUUCUAUGAAAAACCUGCAUUCUACAAACCAUCAAACCAUACACACACUUAUGGUUCCUCUAUUUUCAAUGACAUUGGGGCCAGACCUGAUGAGCCAGAUUUUUCUCUGAAAAUGGAAAGCAAGCCUCCAGAUUCAUUUCAUAUCGCUGGUUCUCUUGGAGAUAUAGAGUUCCCUGACAUAUCAGUGCAGGAAAGUGUUAGCAAAUAUGAGGAACACGCAUCAAGUAUCCAGCCAACUGAUUGCCAAAAAUUUGGGCUGGAAAAGGAAAUUUCCAAUGGGAACAAUGGCUUAUCCUCAGAAGCUAGGAAGCCAAUGGACGCUUCAGAUUCGAAGGACAACUGCAGUGGAUGCCAAGAAACAGAAGAUGAGACCCCAGAAAUAGUAGCAAAAAACUCUCCUAAAAAUGCAGAAGAGGCAUCAUCAGAGGUGAAGAUCACGGAGAGGCUCGAGGGUAGUGAAGAGGGAAAAGGAUGUCACGAUGAUACACAAUUACCUCUUGCAUUCCUCAAUAGGAAUAGAGUAAAUCAAGAAACAGAAGUUCAAGGGUCUGAAGAAAGACUGGUGAUGAGGAGAGAACAGAACAAAUGUCUUGAGACUGUCGACCCGUCCUGCCAAGUGAUGAUGCUUGAAAGCUAUGUUCUUCAACUUCUAUGUGUGCAGAAAGUACUGAAGGAAGCAUCCGCACAGGACCCUGAGAAGAAGGUAUGACAAAUUUCCAACAUUUGUUAGGGACCGGAAUCCUUUUGAAACCACGGGGUGAAGCAGUUGGCCUUUGUAGCCUGCUGUGUUCAAAUGACUCUGAUUUUUAACCGCUUAGUCUAGUGACAGAGUGUGAUCUCUUCUUUCA